AUGGGUAACUAUAUCUCAUGCAUUUCCAUCUCUUCACGAAUCAAGAUACCAAAAUCCACCCAAGUAAUCCUUCCCACCGGAGAAACAAGUCAGUUUCGCCACCUCGUAAAGGCGGCAGAGCUCAUGGUUGACUUUCCCAAUUUCUUCUUGGUUAACGCCGGCCCUUUGACAAUAGGCCGGAGGUUUCAGCCUCUCCCGGCCGACGAGGACUUGCAAUUGGGGCACAUCUACAUAAUGUUUCCGAUGAGAAGAGCGUGUUCGAUGGUCACGACAGAAGACAUGGAAGUUCUCUUCAAGGUUCGGAGCGGACAGUCAUCGGAGCCUAGGCUGAGUUUGGACGGCGGCCAGGGGUUUCCGGUGCCGGAGUUUAAGUAUAAGGUGGCUAUUAUGGGUAAGUCUAGAAAACCCAUGUUGGAAAUAAUUACAGAAGAGGAUAUUUGA